CAGGUCCCGCCUCUCCCCGCGCCCUUGCGGCGGAUCCGCAGCGCGGGGCCGGGGGUGGUGUUGGGGUGGGAUGCGGUGACGUCACCGCCCCGGGCGGCGGCGGCCAAUGGGAGCGCGGGGGUGGGGAGGGGCAGGGCGGGACCGCAGGGGCGGGGCCGGCACCGCCCGCACCGGCAUCGGCAUCGGCAUCGGCAGCGGUACCGGCAUCACCACCGGCGCCGGCCCCAUGCCGGUGCGGAGCGGCUGAGCGCAGCGCCCCGCCGCCCACGGGCACAGGACAGCUCUGUUAGCAGCACCCAUCCCAGCCGGCGCCAUGGCGGGAGCGUCCGUCAAAGUGGCGGUGCGUGUGCGGCCCUUCAACUCCCGCGAGAUGAGCCGGGAGUCCAAAUGCAUCAUCCAGAUGUCAGGAAGCACCACCACUAUCCUGAACCCGAAGCAGCCCAAAGAGACACCCAAAAGCUUCAGCUUUGACUAUUCCUACUGGUCCCACACCACGCCUGCAGACAUCAAUUAUGCAUCUCAGAAGCAGGUGUACCGUGACAUUGGCGAGGAGAUGUUGCAGCAUGCCUUCGAAGGCUACAACGUCUGCAUCUUUGCCUAUGGACAGACUGGUGCUGGCAAAUCCUACACCAUGAUGGGGAAGCAGGAGAAGGACCAGCAAGGCAUCAUCCCACAGCUGUGUGAGGACCUCUUCUCCCGAAUCAAUGACACAACCAACGACAACAUGUCCUACUCCGUGGAGGUGAGCUACAUGGAGAUCUACUGCGAGCGGGUGAGAGACCUCCUGAACCCCAAGAACAAGGGGAACCUGCGAGUGAGAGAGCACCCCCUCAUGGGUCCCUAUGUGGAGGACCUUUCCAAGCUGGCCGUGACCUCCUACAACGACAUCCAGGACCUGAUGGACUCGGGGAACAAGGCCCGCACGGUGGCUGCCACCAACAUGAAUGAGACCAGCAGUCGCUCGCACGCCGUCUUCAAUAUCAUUUUCACCCAGAAGCGGCACGAUGCCGAGACGGACAUCACCACUGAGAAGGUCAGCAAAAUCAGCCUGGUGGACCUGGCUGGCAGUGAGCGAGCUGACUCGACCGGCGCGAAGGGCACAAGGCUGAAGGAAGGAGCAAACAUCAACAAGUCCUUGACCACACUGGGAAAAGUCAUCUCUGCUCUGGCCGAAAUGGAUUCGGGGCCAAAUAAGAACAAGAAGAAGAAGAAAACAGAUUUCAUCCCAUACCGGGACUCAGUGCUGACCUGGCUGCUAAGGGAGAAUCUGGGGGGCAACUCCAGGACAGCCAUGGUCGCUGCCCUCAGCCCUGCUGACAUCAAUUACGAUGAGACGCUCAGCACAUUAAGAUAUGCCGACCGUGCCAAGCAGAUCCGCUGCAAUGCUGUCAUCAACGAGGACCCCAACAACAAGCUGAUCCGGGAGCUGAAGGAUGAGGUGGCCCGCCUGCGUGACCUUCUCUAUGCCCAGGGGCUCGGGGACAUCAUUGACAUGACCAACGCUAUUGCUGGCAUCAGCCCCUCUUCCUCCCUGUCGGCUCUCUCCAGCCGCGCAGCCUCUGUUGCCAGCCUCCACGAGCGCAUCAUGUUUGCUCCAGGCAGCGAAGAGGCUAUUGAAAGGCUCAAGGAAACAGAGAAGAUCAUUGCUGAGCUGAACGAAACGUGGGAGGAGAAGCUGCGCAGGACAGAGGCGAUCCGGAUGGAGAGGGAAGCCUUGCUGGCCGAGAUGGGGGUGGCCAUGAGAGAGGACGGAGGCACCCUGGGUGUUUUCUCUCCAAAAAAGACGCCCCACUUGGUCAACCUGAAUGAAGACCCGCUCAUGUCUGAGUGCCUUCUCUACUACAUCAAGGACGGGAUAACCAGGGUUGGCCGGGAAGAUGCAGAGAAGAGGCAGGACAUCGUUCUCAGUGGGCACUUCAUCAAGGAAGAGCACUGCCUUUUCCGCAGUGACACGAGGACCGGCGGUGAAGUGAUUGUGACCCUGGAGCCUUGUGAAGGCGCUGACACCUACGUGAAUGGCAAAAAGGUGACGGAGCCCAGCGUCCUGCGCUCAGGAAACCGGAUCAUCAUGGGGAAGAGCCACGUCUUCCGCUUCAACCACCCCGAGCAGGCCCGGCAGGAGCGGGAGCGGACGCCGUGUGCUGAGACACCUGCUGAGCCCGUGGACUGGGCCUUCGCCCAGAGAGAGCUGCUGGAGAAGCAGGGCAUCGACAUGAAGCAGGAGAUGGAGCAGAGGCUUCAGGAGCUGGAGGACCAGUACCGGCGGGAGAGGGAGGAGGCAAAUUACCUUCUGGAGCAGCAGCGGCUGGACUAUGAGAGCAAACUGGAGGCUCUGCAGAAGCAGAUGGAUUCUAGAUAUUACCCUGAAGCCAAUGAGGAAGAAGAAGAACCUGAAGAUGAAGUGCAGUGGACGGAGCGGGAGUUUGAGCUCGCCCUCUGGGCCUUCAGGAAGUGGAAGUGGUACCAGUUCACCUCCCUUCGUGACCUGCUCUGGGGCAAUGCCAUCUUCCUCAAGGAAGCUAAUGCCAUCAGUGUGGAGCUGAAGAAAAAGGUGCAGUUUCAGUUCGUCCUCCUGACAGACACGCUGUAUUCACCUCUCCCUCCUGACCUGCUGCCUCCCGAUGCUGCCAAGGACCGGGAGAAGCGGCCGUUUCCCCGCACCAUUGUGGCCGUGGAGGUGCAGGACCAGAAGAACGGGGCAACGCAUUACUGGACCCUGGAGAAGCUCAGGCAGCGCCUGGACUUGAUGCGCGAAAUGUACGACCGUGCAGCAGAAGUGCCUUCGAGCGUCAUUGAGGACUGCGACAACGUGGUGACCGGCGGAGAUCCCUUCUACGACCGCUUCCCAUGGUUCAGGCUGGUUGGCAGUUCAGAUAUCUCUGGCUGCAACAGCUCUCCUCUUUUCAACACAUGCAUGAGCGAGCGCAUGGCUGAUCUCACCCCCUCCCCUACCUUCUCGAACCCCGACUCCGACAUCACCGAGCCUGCUGACGAGCAGCACGAGGGGCAGGAGGAGGAGGAGGAGGAGGCGGAGGACCUGGAGGAAGACAUCUUUCCGGAGUGCCCGCUGUGUGAUGGCCGGGAUCCGUUUUACGACCGCUCCCCCCUGUUCAGUUUAGUAGGAAGGGCCUUCGUCUACCUCAGCAACCUGCUGUACCCCGUGCCCCUGGUGCACCGCGUGGCCAUCGUCAGCGAGAAGGGCGAGGUGAAGGGCUUCCUGCGCGUGGCCGUCCAGGCCAUCUCAGCCGACGAGGAGGCCCCAGACUACGGUUCUGGCGUGCGGCAGUCGGGGACGGCGAAGAUCUCCUUUGACGAUCAGCACUUCGAGAAGUUCCAGUCUGAGUCCUGCCCCGCCGUGGGGAUGUCUCGCUCGGGGACCUCCCAGGAGGAGCUGCGCAUCGUUGAGGGCCAGGGGCAGAUCAGUGACUUGGGGCCCUCCGCUGACGAAGUCAAUAACAACACCUGUGCAGUGACUCCAGAGGACCUUCUCCUGGACAGCCCGGAGAAGUCCACAAUGGAUGGGCCUCUGGAGGCAGCUCUGGACCACCUGAAGCUGGGCAGCAUCUUCACGUUCCGAGUGACCGUCCUGCAAGCCUCCAGCAUCUCAGCAGAAUACGCAGAUAUCUUUUGCCAGUUCAACUUCAUCCAUCGCCACGACGAGGCCUUUUCAACAGAGCCCUUGAAGAACACAGGGCGAGGGCCACCACUGGGUUUCUACCACGUCCAAAACAUUGCUGUGGAGGUGACCAAGUCCUUCAUCGAAUACAUCAAGAGCCAGCCGAUUGUAUUUGAAGUGUUUGGGCACUACCAACAACACCCCUUCCCACCCCUCUGCAAAGACGUCCUCAGCCCGCUGAGGCCAUCCCGGCGCCACUUCCCACGGGUGAUGCCACUCUCCAAGCCAGUGCCCGCCACCAAGCUGAGCACCAUGACUCGUCCCAGUGCUGGGCCCUGCCAGUGCAAGUACGACCUGAUGGUCUUCUUUGAGAUCUGUGAGCUGGAGGCCAAUGGCGACUACAUCCCGGCUGUGGUGGAUCACCGUGGAGGCAUGCCAUGCCACGGGACCUUCCUCCUCCACCAGGGCAUCCAAAGGAGAAUCACCGUCACCCUGGUGCAUGAAACAGGCAGCCUGAUCCGCUGGAAGGAAGUGCGGGAGCUGGUUGUGGGUCGGAUCCGGAACACCCCAGAAGCUGAUGAAUCUCUUAUUGACCCCAACAUCCUGUCCCUGAACAUCCUGUCCUCGGGCUACAUCCAACCCUCACAGGACGACCGGACUUUCUACCAGUUUGAGACAGCGUGGGACAGCUCCAUGCACAAUUCAUUGCUGCUCAAUCGUGUCACCCCAUACCGAGAGAAAAUCUACAUCACCCUCUCCGCUUACAUCGAGAUGGAGAACUGCACCCAGCCUGCUGUCAUCACCAAAGAUUUCUGCAUGGUUUUCUAUUCCCGAGACGCCAAGCUCCCCGCCUCCCGCUCCAUCCGCAACCUCUUUGGUAGCGGCAGCCUGCGGGCUUCAGAGAGCAACCGUGUGACGGGUGUCUAUGAGCUGAGCCUGUGCCGUGUGGCGGAUGCUGGCAGUCCAGGCAUGCAGAGGCGGCGCCGGCGCGUGCUGGACACCUCCGUAGCCUACGUGCGGGGAGAAGAGAACCUGGCUGGCUGGCGGCCCCGCAGCGACAGCCUCAUCCUCGACCAUCAGUGGGAGCUGGAGAAGCUCAGCCUCCUGCAAGAAGUGGAGAAAACCAGGCACUACCUGCUGCUGCGUGAGAAGCUGGAGACAACCCAGAGGCUGGGCCUGGAGACCCUGUCCCCGUGCUCCAGCGAGGACUCCGAGUCCCGAAGCACCUCCUGCGUCUCCUCCCCACUCUCAGCUGAUGGGGCCCCAGAAGGACGGACCUCUCCUCCCGAAACCCCCAGUGAGAGGCAGAAGGAGCUGGCCGUGAAGUGCCUGCGCCUGCUCACGCACACCUUCAACCGCGAGUACAGCCACAGCCAUGUCUGCAUCAGCGCCAGCGAGAGCAAGAGCUGUGCCCGGCUUCGGGCAGAGACUCCAGUCCACACCUCCGCUCCUCCACAGCUGUCUGAAAUGUCUGUGACCCUGAUGAGAGACCCCUCCAUGUCAGCUCUCGGGGUCACCACCCUCACCCCCUCCUCAACCUGCCCGUCGCUGGUGGAAGGACGCUACAACACCAUGGAAAUCAGUAUCCUUUCUCCUCCUCCCAGAACCCCACAGGUCUCCUCCAGGGUGGAGAGUCCUGACCUGGAGCCUGUGGUGGAAGGAGAGCAGAAGAAGUCCCCGUCCCGCCGGCCUGAGGAUGAGAAGGAGCCUCAGCGGCAGCUGGUGCCUGACAUUCAGGAGAUCCGAGUCAGCCCCAUCGUCUCCAAAAAGGGCUACCUGCACUUCCUGGAGCCCCACACCAAUGGGUGGGUGAAGCGUUUUGUGGUGGUCAGGCGCCCAUAUGUCUACAUCUACAACUCAGACAAGGACUCAGUGGAGAGGGCCAUACUCAACCUCUCCAAGGCCCAAGUGGAGUACAGUGAGGACCAGCAGGCCAUGCUGAAGCAGACCCCCAACACGUUUGCGGUGUGCACGGAGCACCGGGGCAUCCUGCUGCAGGCAAGCAGUGACAAGGACAUGCACGACUGGCUCUAUGCCUUCAACCCCCUCCUGGCUGGGUCCAUAAGGUCCAAGCUGUCCAGAAGGAGAACAGCCCAGAUGAGAAUCUAACCUGAAAACCACCCUCCACCUCAUCCGUCUGCCAACAGGAUCAAGAUAGCAGAUUCUGUCUCAAGAGUCCCCAUGUUAACAUCCGAUCUCUCACACCAUCUGCUGCCCCAGCUGCCUGCUCCAUGGAAGGAUCCGUCUCGAUCUACACCUUCACGGGGGAAACUCAUUUCUGUUCGUAGCUGCAAACGCCCGGUCCCACCUGGGCAGGAUUUCUCGUGUGCAUGUGAUCUUCUGCCCGUCCCCCCAUGGGUGGCCUUCAUGUCACACAACCUGUAACGUUCCUGAAAGGUUCCUUUCGGAGAGGAGGGAGCAAGGAGGGUAGAUCCGGUUAAAAGCUGGUCUUUGAUCUACA